AUCUCGUUCGUUACUGCGAACGAGAUCGCUGUGAGUUUGACAGGUCUUCGUGGUCGCGGAAUGGAAGACCCGUGCGCGCGGAUUGGAACCCGGCAAGUUUACGGGCGAGCAAAAUUCGUUCUAUAGUUAGAUAAAUCCGCGACGCGCUGGGAUAAUCCGCAGCGCGCUGAAAAUAAACGCGGAACCGGCGUGUGCGUAUCGCUAGGAGCCGAUGUUUCUUUAACGCGACGAGCCGCUUGAAUGCUGAGGAGCUGUCGCGUCAUGUCGUCCCUCGUGCAAAUUGACGGCAGUCUGGGCGAAGGUGGUGGGCAAGUAUUGAGAGUCGCCCUCUGCCUGAGUGCACUUUAUGGGGUCCCCAUUGAAAUAGAAAACAUACGCGCAGGAAGGCCCAAGCCUGGCCUCGCGGCGCAGCAUCUAAAAGGUGUGGAGCUUGUUAAAGAGAUGUGUAACGCCCAAGUCAGAGGUGGCUACAUAGGAUCAACACGUUUGGAAUUCCGUCCCGGCCCGCUGAACAGGAACAAGACGGAAUUCACGGCGGAUACGCAGACCGCUGGAUGUAUCUGCUUGCUGGCCCAAGUGGCUCUGCCGUGCGCUCUCUUCUUUCCGUGCCGCGACGCAGUCACGCUUAUUCUCAAGGGAGGCUCGAACGUUCCUAUGGGUCCGCACAUAGAACAUCUGACAGAGGUGUUCAAGCCGAUGCUGAAGAAAUUUGGCGCAGACUUCGACUUCAUAGUUGUGAGGAGGGGAUAUUAUCCGAAGGGAGGAGGCGAACUGCAUUUGCGCGUAAGGCCGGUCGGCAGCUUGAACGCAGUCGUGCUAACCGACGCAGGAGUGCCGCGGGGGAUAGCAGGCUGGUCGUAUGUAGCUGGAGCAGUACACAUAAAUGAAGCGCAUAAGAUGGCCAGCGAUGCUAAAACAAUUCUAACAAAUAAAUUAGCAAGGAGCAACAUUCGAGUACCGCCGAUUACCAUCGAAGCUUACAGGGAAGACAGAGCAAUGGCUGUCGGAAAUGGAUCUGGCAUCAACAUAGUGUGCAACACCAGUACUGGAUGCGUUCUCGGUGGCUCUGGCCUGGGCUCUGGACGAUCUCAGGGGGGACCACCCCCAGGUGAAGUGGCAGCUAAUGAAAUUUUAAAGCCCCUUCUGGCAGGUGCGUGCGUCGACGAACAUAUGCAGGACCAGAUGAUUAUUCUAAUGGCGUUGGCGAACGGCACCUCGAGGAUAAAGGUCGGUGAUAAGAAGCUCACUUGCCACACGGAGACCGCGAUGAAAGUCGCGGAGAUAAUGCUAGGCAAGCGCGGACUUCGCUUCAAUUUAUCGGAAAGUGCCGAGAGCGGAGAUAGCACGUCCUAUUUUCUAGAGUGCCAGGGUUGCGGACUGAUCAAUGAAACUCGGGACAGUUUUACUCAGUGAUUCCGUCUCGAUGUAAGUGUUAUACACUGUAAUUCGCGUUUGCGUUUAUCGUUUACUAAUAAAUUGUAACAAUAUCGUUCAAGCAGA